AUGGUGCGUGACGGCGGAGUCUCGGGAGAGGCGACUACAGGCCAAGCACGAGGAAAGCGUAGCAAGAACAGGAUGAGGUCAAAGUUCCAGGUCGAGCAUUCGUUCGAGAAGCGAAAGGCGGAAGCAGAGAGGAUCCGUCAGAAGUACCCCGACAGAAUUCCAGUCAUCUGCGAGAAGGCCGAUAGAACUGACAUCCCCACAAUCGACAAGAAGAAGUACCUCGUCCCGAGCGAUCUCACCGUUGGCCAAUUCGUGUAUGUCAUCCGCAAGCGCAUCAAGCUGGCGCCCGAGAAAGCCAUCUUCAUCUUUGUCGACGAGGUCCUGCCUCCCACGGCAGCGCUCAUGAGCGCCAUCUACGAAGAACACAAGGACGAGGACAAUUUCCUCUACGUGACCUACUCUGGCGAGAACACCUUCGGCCAGUCUGUCUUCACCGUGCGUCGCAAGUGA